CGCCGCUCAAAAAAAAUAAAUCCGUAUUUCCUAAACAUCGCGCUCUUUCUUUCCGCUUGAGACGUCACGUCCAUAGUGUAGAUCUUUAUCAAAAUGGAAAACGACCAAAAAGAAUUCGUUGACCUUUACUGGCCGAGGAAAUGUUCCUCAAGCAACCGAAUUAUUCAUGCUAAAGAUCAUGCAUCGAUUCAACUGACUCUUGCUGAUAUUGAUCCUACAACUGGACGUAUGACUGAUACCCACAAGAUGUAUGCUAUUUGUGGAGCUAUUCGUCGUAUGGGUGAAUCCGAUGACUGCAUUGUGCGAUUGGCCAAAAAAGAUGGAAUUAUUGCCAAGAAUUAUUAAUUUAUCUCAUACGUUCGAUAAGUUUUCAUAAAUGAAAAAAUAAACAUCAAAGAAAAAAAAAUA